AUGAUGGAAAUCAAAGAGAAUGACAAAAUUGUGAUUGCUAAACCAGUUGCAACUAGGCCAAGAUUUUCAAAUUUCAAUAAAUUACCCUUCUCUGAAGUUAUUCCGGGUGCCGAUAAUCCUUCUUCACCGGCUGCUCUUGCCGAGCCUCCGGUUACUGUCGUUCGGCCAAGGACCGUUCGGUCUAGGCCAACGUGCAACUCUAGUUUGGCCGAGGCCGAGCCGUUCGGUUCUGCAGUAGCAUCGGAUCCAUCUAAAGAGGUCCCGAAAUCGAAAUGCGGUGAAAAUGUGGUGUACAAGCCGAUAGCUAAGCUUGUUUCGAAGAAGACUGUUGCUCUCUUGGCGAACUUGGGAGAGAGUGGUAUUAUCCCUACACGAGCAACUGUCGACGUUUACACUCAAUUUCAACCGCCGCAAAAUGCCAAGCACCAAAAUAACCAGACACCAUCACUUGACCUUCCCCUGCAGCCGGAGCAAAAUGCAAAUGCCAUAUUACAACAAAAUCCCGAAAGCGAAACCAAAUUUCUCGCUAAAAGCAACACUAACCGGUUUUCUCAAGACGGCCACAACUGGCGAAAAUAUGGUCAAAAACAGGUCAAAGGUAGCGAAUACCCACGAAGCUACUACAAAUGCACGCACCCAAAUUGUCCAGUCAAGAAAAAAGUGGAGAAAACGCCCGACGGCCGAAUUUCAGAGGUAGUUUACAAAGGCGAUCACAACCACUCGUCGAACCCUCGUGAUGAGGUCGAAAUUAAUCCUUCUUCUUUUCCUAAUGAAUCACUUGGCCAACCGAUGAAUUUUCCUGUUAUUAAUAAUGAUGACCCUUUUGAAGACACGACGUGCAAUAAUAAUAAUAAUUCAAGUGUCGGGACUUCUAAUAGCUCAAUGGGUGUGAGUGUGAGUGUUGAUGAGUGUGAGUCUUUGGAGGCCGAAUGUCGUGAGGUCGUCAAGAGUAAAAGAAUGAGACGAGUUAAUGAUAUAAUGAAAGAUAGCUGCAUGAAUGAAGGAGGCAACUCGUCCGAGCCCACGACUUUUGUUCGCAACAUUAAUAGCGAAUGUGAGACAAUACGAGACGGGUUUCGGUGGAGAAAAUACGGCCAAAAAGUGGUGAAGGGGAAUAUGUACCCGAGGAGCUAUUACCGAUGCACGAUUCCUAAGUGCAACGUGAAGAAAUACGUGGAGAGGAUAACAGACGAGCCAGCUAACUUCAUAACAACGUACGAGGGAAGACACAACCAUGCAAUGUCAACCGAGGCUGCAAAUCCCGAGACUUCCCGAGCGCGAACGAAGAACAAAAAAUUGUGA